AAGCCCAAGAAGUAAAGGGAUACGAUCACGUCAUCGUCGAACAGAACAUCUCAUUGAAAAAUCUCAGUUGGCGACACAAUAGCCAAAAAAACAAGAAAGGCUUUGAUGCUGACGACAUGACUUCGGUUUUCGAGACCAUCGAGUUUGCUAGGGAAGUUGCAAAAUCG